UCUGCCCCCGGUCUAUCCGUACCCUCCAUUACAAGUUUCCCCUAUCUUUGUUCCAUCAACCUUCUCGAACAAUGCAGUGCCGGCCAAGUAGAUUUACGGAUGUGUCCAGGUCUUGUGUUCCUCUGCCUCGUGCUCAAUAAACCCCCUCCUCUUUGUCAGUCCGAGUGCCCUCCUUCUCGUAUGCCUCAAGGCUUGUCUCCAAGGAUCUACGGUGUGGACGGUCGCUCUGUCCGUGAUAGAGAUCUCGAUAUUCCUCUGUGA